AUGCCUCCUUCUACUUCUUCUUUCUCCUCCUCUCCAUUGUUGUUUCAAGAUCUUAUAAGAAAUGUUCACUCAAGGAAGUUGUUUCUACACACUCCUCUAUUUCAUUCAUCUCCAGAUCCGGCGGCUCCACCAGGCCACGGGCUUCAUGGGUCGUCAUCGGAACCUUAUCCCUCCGAAAAUAGCUUCGACUCGAAUGUAGUGAUGAUUCUCUCAGUCCUCUUAUGUGCUCUAAUUUGUGCAUUAGGGCUUAAUUCGAUCGUAAGGUGUGCACUAAGGUGCUCGAGCCGAGUCACCUCCGAGUCUGGUAACAACUCAUCGAAUCGGCUGACCACAACCGGAGUCAAGAAGAAAGCCCUCAAGAUGUUCCCUGUGGUUACUUUUUCUGAUGGGCUAAAGCUACCUGGAUUGGACAGUGAGUGUGCCAUAUGCCUCUCCGAGUUCUCGGCGGGUGAGCGUGUCAGGAUCUUGCCCAAUUGUAACCAUGGUUUCCAUACUAAGUGUAUUGACAAAUGGCUUUCAGCACACACAUCAUGUCCCACUUGUAGGCACUGCUUGAUUGACACUUGUCAGAAGAUCGUUGGUCAAGCUAGUUCAUCGGCACCACCGCCACCACCACCACCGCUGCCCCCGCCGCCACCGCCAACAUUGCAAGUGGUCAUUGUAGCUCAAGAACUCAGAAGGUCUGAUACUCAACUACCAGAGUGUGUUAGCUAAUAGCUUACUUUUCAAUUGUAAUCAAGGGUUGGACCCCCCAGCUUCCCCACAAGGGGAAAAAAAGUGUUCAAGUAAUUGUACAAAUUUCAAAUGUGGGACUUCCUUAUAUUUAUUUUUCU